GAGACGCCAAUUCCAACGUCAUCCAUCGAGAUGAGUCUUCUUCUCCCUUGUGCCUCUGCUCGUAGCUGCAACCUACUUUGUUCCCCUAACAAGGGCAAUGGAGGACAAAAAGAAUGGAAAUUUCCAGUUCCUGUACACCACAAAGAUUUUGAAUUUCUGAUAAAGAAGUUAGCUCCGCCUCUCACGGCGGUUCUACUCGCGGUGUCGCCGAUUUGUUACCCUCCAGAAUCUCUUGGGCAAACUUUGGAUAUACAAAGAGGAGCAACUUUGUUUAAUAGAGCUUGUAUUGGGUGUCAUGAUACAGGAGUAAAUAAGCUCAUAUUCUUCUCUUUCCAGGGCGCAACGCUUUUCACUAGCGACCUCCAGAGAAAUGGAGUUGAUACCGAAGAGGAGAUAUAUCGUGUUACAUACUACGGAAAGGGAAGAAUGCCAGGAUUUGGGGAGAAAUGCACGCCGAGAGGACAAUGUACUUUUGGACCGCGGUUACAGGACGAAGAAAUCAAGCUUCUGGCUGAAUUUGUGAAGUUUCAGGCUGACCAAGGUUGGCCAAAUGUAUCUACAGACUAGCAAGUAGCAACAAAGAUUAGUACAGUUCAAUUUGGUUGGUUGAGUUCGAGUUUGCAGCAUUAGUUUGAUGUCACAUUAUGUCUAAAGCUCAAUGUAUGCUGUUAAAUAUUAUGAGAUUUGGAAGGCUUCAUUGAUAAUGCUCCAAGAUGUUCCUGAGGUA